ACAAGCAAGCAAAAUACGACAUAAGACGAAUUGAAUUUGUUUCUUCUCCCUUUUGUCUUUCCACCUUCACCAUAAGCUCCUUUCUCUGUUCCUAAGAGGAGUUAUGGGGGCAAAUUGAAAACGCAUUCAAUUACAACAAACACGUUUUUUUUUUGUUAAUGUUGUUGCAUUCUCUUUUCCUUUUGCCGUAAACGGGGGCCCUCGCUUUUCUCAUAAGCCACUGAAAAAUUUUGCUCCUUUCGCCCCUAAACUUUAACAGAGGUCGUUGUUCACCGCAAUUCCUCACCCCAAUGGAAGAAUCAAGUGAAUUGCAAUCAGAAGAAAAUAAAGUCUCCAAUGAGAAAAAUAAGAAAAGAAAGCUGAAAACACCGGCGCAGCUUAAAGCCUUGGAGGAUUUUUAUAAUGAGCACAAAUACCCCACGGAGGAAAUGAAAUUAGUACUUGCUGAGGAGUUAGGAUUGACAGAAAAGCAAAUAUCUGGAUGGUUUUGCCACAGAAGGUUAAAAGAUAAAAGAUUGAUGAAAGAUGAAGCCGUUGCUAAUGGGAGACAAGAUCGUUCAAGUGGUGUCAUCCAAGAUCGUGGCAGUGGACUUGGGCAAGAUUCAUGCGGAAGCAGUAAGCAUGCUGAUCACAGGUAUCUGGAUCCGAAGGAGGUUGAGAGCCAUGGCCUCUACAAUCACGAAUUGUCAGUUGCAGAUAUGACCCACAGACGUAGGAACCAUUAUCCUGAAAAUGUUAGUGGGGUGGAUGACACAUCAUCUGAGAGCAGCUCAUUUUUGCAAGAAAGGUUUUCUCAAGGUCAGGAUCCGUAUGAUAUGGAGCCUUCUAGACAUCUUACACCUAAUGGAGCUCUUCCACCCCUAAAUCCCAAAGGUGCAGUUAAGAUGGGGCACAAACCAUCAGGAUAUUUGAAAGUGAAGGGCGAGAUAGAGCAUGCUGCUAUAACUGCUGUUAGAAAGCAAUUAGGAAGGCAUUAUCUGGAAGAUGGUCCACUACUUGGUAUAGAAUUCGAUCCACUUCCUCCAGGGGCAUUUGAAUGCCAAACUGCAGAUACAGCUAAUGAACCGUACUCUGUUGCAAAUCCUCUGCUUUCGAAUUCUCCAGAAAUCUUUGCUGCAAAAAGACAACCCAGUCUUAGCUCUGAUAAACAAGAUAAGAAAGCAUGUCAGAACAUAAAACAAAGGCAAUCUUUAUACGGUUAUACCAAUAAUUUUCCUGGAAGGAACACUUUCCCAGAUUUGUAUGAAGACUCUACUGGAGAAGCAUCUGCUUAUAAUAGCAAUAAGAGUCAUAGAAUGAGCACUAAACAUGGUGUUGAGGGGAUGCGAUCUGAUUCUGCUUCUAACCAUAGUGAUCACUAUGAAGAGAAGCUUACAGUUAAGCAGAAAACCUUGAUGCUGCAUGGUUAUGAUAACAUCAAUCCAAAGAAUAUACAAAGGAGUGAACAUGUAAAAUCUAAACCUUCUAGUUCAAUCCAUAAUUCCCGUGUUCCUAUGGAUACUGAAGAACGGGGGUUAUCUGCUAGGAUGGCAAAGGAAGAGAUGUUUAAGGGGAACAGGAAAGCAAAAAAUACAUACUGCGAUGUAGAGGGAGCAGGGAUGCUUUCAAAUGAAAUCAUGGUUGCAAAACGAGCUAAAGUUGACAUGCUUCAACAAUACAAUGUGAAAAAAUCACCUGUUGCUGAGAUGGAACUAAAGAAAAUUCAGAGAUCUGUUGCAGAGAUGCCUUCUAGCUUUAGCGAGGAUGAAACUGCUGACACCAGUUCCUCACUGGAUUAUUAAGCGCUGUUGAUAAAAUGGUAGCAAGUUUGUGGGGUUUCUCUAAGCCAUUGGGUAUGUACAGCCUAAAAAGACAUACAUUUUUCUCUGUAACGUGGGAACCAUUGUUUCUGGCAAUAAUAGCAGCAACUCGCUCCAUUGCUGUUUUUUGUGCUCACUUAUUUGCCUUUGUAAAAGAAAAAAAAUACACCCCAGGUUAUUCUUUUGAUGUAAAAUCUCAUUUCCUGAAGCUACUUGUGGUAGGUUUAAUGCAGCUUAUAUACUUGUCACUUGUCUUUUAUUGAUUUAAUUAUGGUAGUGUGUAUGGCAUCCUAAUUUGCUCCAAUUUGAUCUCUUGUUUUGGAGUGUUGGCUACUUCUAAUUUAUGAUUUAACAAUUUGAUC